AGACAGAACAGGCAGCUUAAGCUCUCUCAGCACUGGACUGCACAAGUGGAUGAACAUGUAUUUAGUUUUAGCAUUGGGUCUGCUAAGCAUAAGUCUCUGUAUUCAUGCAAAGUGUGACCUGACUGGUCAGUGGCAGAAUGACCUUGGCUCCAAUAUGACUGUAUAUGUUGACAAGAAUGGGCUUAUAGUAGGGAAAUACCAGACGGCUGUAUCCACCACUAAUAAAACCAUUCUGGAAUCACGUCUGGUUGGAUAUCAACAGUCAUCAGGACUCCCCACAUUUGGAUUUACCGUCAUGUGGCAGUUUACAAACGUUAUCACAGUAUUCACGGGCCAAUGUUUCAGAAAUGAGACAGGACAGGUUCUACAAACUACCUGGUUACUUAGAGAAGAGAGCUCAGAUGCUAAACAUAACUGGAUGCAAACAAGAGUUGGCUUUAAUGUCUUUUACCAGAUACCAUAAUGCCUGCCUUGGAUCAAAUGAUGUUGGUGAAGAUAAACAAACUAUUUACUGCUUUUGACUUCAAAACGAAUAUUGAAAUAAAAUCUUUUUUCCAGACAAAGUAACAGCACACAGGAAAAUACAUGUAUACAUACACAGACAUUAUCUGUAUGGUAAUUAUAAUUAAAUGAUGAACAGUAACACAA